AGCACCAGCACCAGCAACAGCACCAGCACCAACAUCAGCACCAGCAAAAUAUGGACACGGAGCUCCACAUCGGCCCCCCGGCCCCUCAGUCGCAGGUCUACAGCAUGCCUUUAUCCGGCUGUGGGGACCUCACCAUGACUCUGUCCCACAGCAGCCCGUCAACACACGCCUCAGCGAGCGGCAGGACCAUGCAGAACCUUGGCAACGUCGCAUUGCAGACAAACAACGGCAACUACAUGAUGGCCGAGCACCAGCUACAGCAGCAUCAUGGUUAUUACCACGCCUCUCCGUCACACACAGCGCCACACAGCCUGCCCCCGUCCCCCCCCAACUCUCAGCCGGGGAGUCCAGACAAUCAGGCGGAGCUGCUGAGUUUAGCACCGCAGCUCCACCUGGCCUACCAGCAGCGCCUGGGAGGGAUGAAGGUGACGGGGCUUUCUCCACACGCCAUGCUGAUGACACACGGCCAGGGGGUCCUGACGGGCCCCAAAUACAACAGGCGGAACAACCCGGAGCUGGAGAAGAGGAGGAUCCACUUCUGUGACUUCCAAGGCUGCUCCAAAGUUUACACAAAGAGCUCCCAUCUGAAGGCUCACCAAAGGACGCACACAGGUAAGAAAACACUCCUCUGUGGAUUUAACUGACACAAGAUGACAUCA